CCUUACCUGAAGCGGAGGCUGUAGGACUGCGGACUAAGCUGGGGAUUUGCACGGAGAGAGGAUGGCAUCGUGGAGCCCUGACACCCCAUGUUCCUGUGACUGCUUUGUCUCGGUGCCCCCGGCCUCGGCUCUCCCAGCCGUGAUCUUUGCCAAGAACUCUGACCGGCCCCGGGAUGAGGUGCAGGAAGUGGUGUUUGUACCGGCACGCACGCACGCCCCUGGGAGCCGCCUCCAGUGCACCUACAUUGAGGUGGAACAGGUGUCAAAGACCCAUGCUGUGAUCCUGAGCCGCCCUUCUUGGCUAUGGGGGGCUGAGAUGGGCGCCAACGAGCAUGGUGUCUGCAUUGGCAAUGAGGCAGUGUGGACCAAGGAGCCAGUCGGGGAAGGAGAAGCCCUGCUGGGAAUGGACUUACUCAGGCUGGCUUUGGAACGGGGCAGCUCUGCCCGGGAGGCCUUGCACGUGAUCACAGGCUUGCUGGAGCGCUACGGGCAGGGGGGCAGCUGCCGGGAGGACCCCACGCCAUUCUGCUACCACAACACUUUCCUGCUGGCUGACCGGACUGAGGCCUGGGUGCUGGAGACAGCGGGGAGGCUGUGGGCUGCACAGAGGAUCCAAGAGGGAGUCCACAACAUCUCCAACCAGCUGAGCAUCGGCUCGGACAUCUCGGCAGAACACCCUGAGCUCCGGCCCCACGCCCGGGCCCAGGGCUGGUGGGACGGGCAGGGCACCUUUGACUUUGCCCAGGUCUUCUCCCUGAGCCAGCAGCCUGUGCGCAUGGAGGCUGCCAAGGCCCGCUUCCGGGCCGGGCGGGAGCUGCUGCAGCAGCAACAAGGGAGUAUCACGGCAGAGGUGAUGAUGGGCAUCCUCAGGGACAAGGAGAGCGGCAUCUGUAUGGACUCUGGGGGCUUCCGCACCACGGCCAGCAUGGUGUCCGUGCUGCCCCGGGACCCCACCCAGCCCUGCGUGCACUUCCUCACUGCCACACCAGACCCAUCCCGGUCAGUGUUCAAACCUUUCAUCUUUGGGGUGGGGGCAGCCCAGCCCCCCCAGGUGCUGUCUCCCACUUUUGGAGCACAGGACCCUGUUCGGACCCUGCCUCGAUUCCAGACUCAGGUGGAUCGCCGGCACCCCCUCUACCGUGGACACCAGGUGGCCCUGGGACUGAUGGAGAGUGAACAGGCUCGGGGGCAGCAGCUUCGGCAGAAGCAGCGAGACCUGGAGCAGGAAGGCCUGGCGGCUGUGCGGGGGCUGCUGACCAGGGAGUGUGCUCCACCCACCCAGGAGCUGGGCGGCCUCUUCCAGGCCUUUGUGGAGAAGGAGAGCCAGGCAUAUGCCUGAGCCCGGCCCCUCCUGACUUGGUCUGGGGUGCAGGGGGCUGCAGUGGGCACAGGACCCCUGGGGUAG